UCCGAGAUUCUCCACGGUGCCUGCGGCUGCGGUGGAUAUUGCCCGGUGGCUCAAGAAUUUGACUCAGCGGCACCUGGUUUCGAAGAAGGACCGCCGGCUAAGGGUUAAGACUUCAAGAGGAGCUGCCCGUUGCCCCAGCCGUCUGACACCUUAACCGACAAUCUGACCGAGUGACCGUUCUGACUGCGUACCCAUCGAAUACUUGUCUCUGCAACUCAAGCUGUCCUGAAGAAGUGCAAACUACUACUCCUUCGUUUUGUUUUCGAUCAAACAACUACAUCUGAUUUCCUCUUCUGGGUUAUCUAAUUGGUGCUUUCAACUCUUCGUUGCUAGGUGGGUAUGACGAGUACCUUCCUAAUUUGAUUAUUUUCAUAUAAGGAGGACCCAGAAGAAGAAUAACUGAAAGGGAUAUCUGUGGUUUUUCUGCAUUGAUUUUUGUUCCAUCUCCUUCAAUUUGAACAAAUUGAUCUUUUUCUGUUGUGGUUACUUCCUAAUUUGGUUAUUUCCAUUGAAGGACGACCCAGAAGAAGAAUAAAUGAAACGGGGUUUUGUGGGUUUUCUGCAUUAAUUUCUGUCCAAUUUCCUUCAGUUUGAGCGGAAGUGGAUCUUUCUCUGUUGGGGUUUUUAGUAACAGUGGAUAAUAUCAUACUAUGGCUUGCCACGAGAUUCAGUCAUGGACGUUCUGUGGGCUCGUUGGAGCGUUUGUGGAUCUUGGAUUGGCUUAUUUACUGCUAUGUGGAUCGACCCUUGCUUUCUUUGCCUCGAAAUUCUUGGGUAUCUUCGGUUGGCAAUUGCCGUGCCCCUGCAACGGAUUUUUUGGUGAUCCUCAUGGCGGUAAGUGCUUGCAGAGACUACUCGUUGACUACCCAUCACGGGAGAUCUCAUCUGUUCAACUAUCUGUGAAGAGCAAGUUCCCUUUCGAUUCCAUCCGGGUAAAUGAUCAAGAGUGCCAGUUGAGGGUUAGAUUAUUGGGAGAAGCAGAACGCUAUGAUGGAGCUCAGGAGAUGGAGGGAGAAGCCUCGUGCAGCUCCAACUCUGAUACCAGGAGAAGAUCUCAGAACUUUGUUGUGAGAAAGCUGUCGCAUAACAGUGAACUGGCUGAUGGGUUUGGAUCGAUGAGUUCUGCUGCUUUACGUGCUAACCGCACCGAUUUUAAGGGGAAAGGAGUUGUGAGUCAGAAGCCAAGGUCCGGUUUACGUCGCCGGCGCAGAGCUGUUGCUGACCAUAGGAAAUCCUCCCCCGCCUCAUUCUCUGAUCUCCCACGGUUGAUCAAUCAAGAGGUCUCUCAUUCCCCUUACAGCAUGAGCGAAACUGGUCAUGAAAUUUCAGAAGAAGGCUCAGUGCCUAUGAGUUCUGCAGUGGCUGCCUUCCGAGAUGAAAGUGAGAAGCACACUAGUAGUCGACUGGGUGAAGGAAACCUUCAUGGCUUUGAAGUGAAUGGGUCAUUUGGUGAGAGUAGGGUCAUGGAGAAGCAUGCACCAUCUGCGAAGGAAUUAGUUCGCAAUGUUCGAGAUGAGUUAGGGUUUAAUGGGGAUGAGAAAAAUGUGAUUAGAGUCUUGGAACAAGCACUUGAAGAGGAGCAAGCUGCUCGUGCUGCUCUGUACCUUGAGCUGGAGAAGGAACGAAGUGCUGCUGCUUCUGCUGCUGAUGAAGCCAUGGCCAUGAUUCUUCGUGUGCAAAAGGAGAAGGCAUCGAUAGAGAUAGAAGCAAGGCAGUAUCUGAGAAUGAUUGAAGAGAAAUCUGCUUAUGAUGCAGAGGAAAUGGACAUUCUCAAAGAGAUUCUUCUGAGGAGAGAGAGGGAGAAGCACUUUCUGGAGAAUGAAGUGGAAACUUAUAGGCAGUUGAUUCUGCUUAACAAUGAGCAUUUGGAAGGUAAUGUGAAUCAUACAGGGGAAAUAUCAGCACGAAGGUCUACUUUUUCAUUGGAUUUGAAUGAGGAUCUAGAACCGAAGCUACAGCAGAUUAGUGAAACUAUUGAUAAAAGGGAAAUAGAGAAAAAUGUAAAAACAUCUCCCAGUUGUGAGACACGCACUUUUGAGGGACCAAGUUCCUUUCAUGCUUUAGUGAAAGAACUACCAUCUUCAGACUGGGAUAAGGAUGCCAACUCCAUGGAACAGCUGGAUAGUCGAAAAGUGAGUUCCAACAAAAUUCAACCACACAACCCAGGAUCCUUUGAUGAUUGUAACCAAGAGAUUCAGGAGAAGGCAGUGGUAUCCAUGGAUGAGGAACCAUCUGUUAUCCAAGGAGAAGGCCAGAUAUUAGAGACAGUGUCCAGGUUAUAUGAGUUAAAUAGCCAUCCAGAACAUGGCUUGCUGGAGGAAACUGUCAUUUCACGCAAUGAAGGACAUGUUCAAAAGGAUACUGCUAGACAAUGCCAAGGUGUUGAAAUGAAGGCGGACCCAAAUCUGCAUGGAACAAGUGCAGAUCAAGGGGGAAGUGAUCAACAUAUUUCUAACGUUGAGACAGAACCAAGUAUUUAUGAUGUUCAUGUGAUUGAUGAUAGAUCUAAGUUGUGUAAGGAGGAAGCUAGAGAAGAAAAUCAACCACGGUUGACAGACACAGAUUCAAACAGGUCUAGGAUACAUGGUCUUCCAUUUGGUACCAGUAGGAUUGAUGUUUCAACUGAUCAACCCAGUACAAGCAGGGCAGCAACUGAGCGAGACAUUUGUAGAAGCUGCUCCGACUUGACAGCUGAGUUGCCACCAAUCAGUAACAGACAUGAGAAAUCUUAUCCCUUUCACUUGCGGAGGAAUUCCAUGUCUGCAGUCAAUAAUGAAAGACUGAAACUUGACACUGAAGUUGGAUGGCUAAGAGACAAGUUGAGGAUUGUGCAAGAGGGAAGAGAGAAUCUUAGUUUUCCCAUGGAGCACAGGGAAAGUGAGAAAAUACAGUUGCAACUGUUAGAGGAUAUAGCAAAACAACUUAAAGAGAUUCAGCAGCUGACUGAACCUGGAAAAACUGUUAGGCAGGCUUCUUUACCCCCAACAUCUUCAAAGGUUUGCUCAAAGAAACGCCGAUGUCGAAGUGUUUCCUUGGGACUCCAUGAUAGCACCUGAAACAGAUCUGGAACCUUUUUGACUCAGUGCACUGGAGAUGGCCAAGUUUAUACAUUGUCAUGGUAAUACCAUCAGGUGAAAACCAUUACACUUGGAAAACACUGUCCACAUCUCAAUAUGGUCCUGGUCAAUCCAUUUCGGCCUUUAAUGAGUUUACAUGGACGGAUACAAUGGCUCAGUUGAAAUGGUGAUGUAUUAUAUACAAAAACUAUUGCUCAUUUUCUGAUGAAUGUCGUGAUCUAAACCUUCUAGGCUUGCAAAUGA